CGAACAGUGAAGAAACCAAAGAAAACGGGAAUAAAACAUAAAACGAACCUAGAAGGCUCCCGAGCUUCACGAUGAGUUUGUGAAUAUAGCGAAAUCAUAAAAAUUUAAUCAUUUAUGGUCUAAAACUGUGGAUUAUCAGAGGAAAUUUAGCAUCUUCCAAGCACCAAUUUCAUAAUGAACCCAAAAUCACCACUGCAAGUACCAAAUUUCAUCGGAAGCGGAGUAAGCUCACGACCUCAGAGCCCGUCGUUGUGUUUUUCAACUGCGUCAUCUAAAAUAGAUAAAACCGAAAACAUUAACCUUUGUGGUUGUCAGCAUGCGCCAAAAUCUCAAUGCGCAUCUGCUUUUGGCGUUUUAGUACUUGUGCUAGCAUAUACCGCUCUAGGCUCGGUCCUUUUUGUCACGCUUGAAGGAGAAACUGAAGAUGGAGAUAUGAUCGAGACGUCCGUUGCGGCUUCAAAGCCAUAUCCUAGACAUGAUUUAGUUAGUGCUGAAAUGCGUCUCAAGACCGUUGAUCGAUUGUGGUCCAUCACUGAAGACUUGAAUAUACUUUAUAAGGAAAAUUGGACACGCUUAGCUGCACAAGAAGUAUUGCAUUUUCAGGAUACAAUCCUGCGAGCGGUACGAGCAUCAAGGACACAGCAGGUUACUAAUGUACAGCAACAUGUUCGGCCUUACAAAUGGACAUACGCGUCUGCAUUCCUCUAUUCGUUGACCCUUAUAACUACCAUUGGCUUUAGUGGCAUUUCGCCGCGAACGCAAUGGGGCAGAGUAGCGGCUCUGAUUUAUGCACUUUUCGGAAUACCGAUCAUAUUGCUAUACCUAUCUGCCAUAGGCGAGGGUUUAUCAAGUGGCAUGCGAUGCCUGUUUCGGCGUCUUCGUCCGUUCCGGUCAAUGUCGACAAGUACCAACAAUAGCAACAGCAGCAGCUCCAGCAUCGGUAGUGUAAGUGUGCCUAUGACCAGCAAAGCGAAUGAACUGCAAAAGCGCUCACAACAUCAAAACUACCAACGGAACUGGAGCCAUGGUGGACCCUUGCACGACCCUUGCAACUACACGCUUAAUUCGCAUUUACGAAAUGGUAUUCCGGGGAGUAAGCAGACUCAAUCCGUGGUACCCAUAUCAGUUUGCAUCAUGAUACUGAUCUGCUAUGUUACGCUCGGGGCAGUGAUAUUCCACAAACUGCAGCCUUGGGGUGUUUUAGAGAGUCUGUACUUCUGUUUCACGUCUCUUGGCACCAUCGGUUUCGGGGAUCUCAUGCCAAAGGGCACUGUUGCACAGUACGCGGCGUCGGCGUACAUUAUAAUUGGAAUGGCGGUCGUAGCAAUGUGCUUCAGUCUCAUCCAAACUGAACUCAUCAUUUGGCUUAAAAAAUUCGCCAUCCCAGAAUCCCUUCCUUCUUCUACGGAGGACGUUGCUCUGGUCUCCGUGACAAUGGGACCUGUUAAAUCCUGACAUCAACUCAAUGACAUCGUUCCGAACGAGUACAACUCACUUCCCCGCCGCUCCAACGCAUUCCAUCGCAACACCCCUGCGCGUAGAUCGACCGGCAUCAUGGAAAAUCAUAUAGAGUACUUUGUACCGCGGAGCGUAAGUGAGUUCAAUCUCUCAGGCGUUGGUGAUCUCGCACUACCCCCGCCAAAACGCAGCAUUGUUACACAACACGCUGCAAGCUCGACCAUGAUUGCUGUUUCCAAACCUCGCGAAAAAAUGGUGACGUUCGAAGACGAAUCCAAGUGUCUACAUGGUAUCCCAACGACACCGAGAAAAACCAACCUACCUAGCGAUGUGUUCAUAUGACGAGACGAACCUGUCAACGGUGAGACGUCCACAUCACACCAGUACUCCAACGAUGCGAUCAAAGUUUGAUGCAACAUCAAUGAGACCCGAUUUCCACAUCAACAAAAGCAAUGCGACAGACCAACUUUCUCCUUCUGAAGAAUCAAAAUUGGUUUUUCAGAUUAAAAAUUGAAACCACGUUCUUUAUCGUACACAUACCAAGCAUACACCGUGUAAUAUCUUGAGAUAAAAAAAUUACUUCACAACAUUGUAUUUUAAAUAAUGAUUUCUGUCGAAGACAUGUGUUGCCGUUUCGCCCAGAACACUUUUUGAAAAGAGGUAACAGUAAUAAGUUCACUUCUAAACUAAGUAGAACAGUGCAACGAAGAUGUAUAGGUGUAGUAAAAUCUUCAGGUUAAAUACUUUGCGAAUGACAUCAUUUCAAACACAUUGUAGGUAGAAAAUAAGCGAGUGAGAGAUUUGUGAGCAUAAUUUUCAGAAGCAAUGUGGGCUAACCAAAAGCUGAACAGUAAUAAACUA